AUGUACAAGACAGGUGUCAUCCUGGACGCGGUCAGCGUGCAGGUUCACGACAAAACCGCAUUCGACAUGCGAGGCCUGAGCCGAAGAAGCACCGUAGAAGGAAAGCAAAAGGAGCCGAAUGCAAACCCUGAAAUCUGGGCUGCCCAAAAAAUUUGGCUCAUCAAACAAGCUGUCGAGGUCUUGCGCGGUGUCAGACCUCAGCCUGCCCUGCUCCGGAUUGACGCCGUGCCAGGAUCGGCGGGUUUCCGUAUCGAUCAGUUCGGGUCGCUUCCUUCGAUCCUGCAGAGCCUCGGUUUGGCCGACUCGCAGCAAUUGACGGGCGCCAGUGUGAUCAGCGAGCAGUCUGUGGCGAUCUCGGCAGCAAGCGACUUCGGACUCCCUUCAGAGCACAUCGUCCGUCGGGCUUGGGUCUCGCCCGUGCACCUGUCACAAAAUUCAUUUUGCCUGUCGGCGCUGCUCCCCCAGAUUUCGCAUCCCACUCGCUCUGCCUCUGCCUCUCCCACUGCCCCGCGGCUCCCGCAGCAAGAUGUCUUGACCCACCGUGACCUUGCGGGUCACUGCUUCCAUCCUCGCUCGGCAACGAACGCUGCAGCUUCAAUGCGUGCAACCGACCGCCCUUCCACCUCAAGCAUCUUGCCACUUCUACACCAUCCCAUCCUCAAGCAGCAGAAGGAGCAAGAGCUGAACCCCGGACAGGCGUGUCUACACAUCAUGUCAUACGCCGCGCUCAAUACGCAGUUCGAUCUGCCCGCUCCGCCUCCCCGGAGUGUCUUCUCGACCAUCCGUCAUGUCAGCGGUCGCGCUUGGUUUCCUGACUUCACCAAGGAGUCCGAUCCGGCCGCCGCAUUGCAAGACUUCCUUCGCAUCCUCUUUUACCCGGUCCUGCGCAAUAGCACGUUUGUGCAACUCAAGGUCCUUUCGGUGCUCGUCGCUAUCAUUGGCGUGUCGAUCUUCCUCAUCAUCCUCCGUCGCCUCUACGAACGCUCCUUCUGGCUCUUCCGACUCGUCUCUCGCAGCAAUGGCACGCUCAUCGUGCCCAAUGCCAUCACCGCUUUCGUUGCUGUCGAGAGCGCCUUCGUCAUUCUCUUGAUUGCGUUAUGCUGGGAAGUGAUCGCCUGGUUCCAGCACGGUCACUCGCCCAAGUACAUCAUCCUCUGGAUCGGAUUGACCUGGCUUCCACUCAUCCUCGGAGCGUGGUGCACGACCGUCGGCAUCAUCUACGCGCGUCCCGAUGCGCUCAGCUUCGUGUCGCCCCAGCCGGGCAAGCCUAGCAGCUGGGCACUUCGCCUCGGCAUCACACCCACCGUGGUCAAUGUCUGCGUCUUCACCAUCCCCGUCGUCCAGACCGUCAGCGUCGUGAUUCCAGCCGUGCUGGCACAGCGUCAAUUCAGCAUGGCUUUCGAGCACUACCGUCGCUGGUCGGCCGCGCUCCCGUCCGGCGCGACUCUCUCGCGCGAACUCCUGCUCGAUGCCCAGCAGAUCUGGUUCAAGGUGCUGGACGCGGCCUACUACCUCUCCAUCUGUAUGGCGGUCUGGGAAGCAUGGGUGUGCGGUCUAUUCAUCUGCUAUUGCUUGGCUGGUGGCUCGCUCAUCGCCAUGCUCCGCGAUCAGCUCGAGACGCUCAAGUCGUUCAAGCAGAACCGCUCGUUCAGCGAAUCCUUCGCCGUCCAGAAAAAGAGUAACCCCCUCCCGGUGCGCCGCGCAAGCGAAGUGUAUGCAGCACCAGCCAUGGUCCCGCAAGCCGUGGCCGUGGGAGGCGAUCUCGAGAAGCAGAUGUUCGGCACCUCGGAUACGGGCAUGCUCUCCGUUCAAGCGCCACCCCGCUCGCUCUCAAUCACUUCAAAUACGUCGGACAGCGCCACACUCGUCUCGGGCGACACAGGUUUCAAGCGCUCGCCGAGCUUCACCGCUCAGAACGGCAAGCCGGCCCCGGGAUCGCACCGGGGCACGUCCGAAACGAACGCCGCCGAAACGGCUGCUCAGACGGCUUCGAUGUACUUCACGCGCGACGAGCUCGAGAACGAGGACGAGCCAGCGCAAAGCUUCUUCCCGGCGGUGCGCCCAUCAGCGUUUGAGCGUCCGACCCAGGCACAGACCGCUGCAGGCAAGCAGAAUUCGCACAAGCGCUACCUGGAGAAGUUCUACUUGAACUUUGUCGUACAGUUCGCAGGGCUCAUGAUGUGCAUCCUCUUCUUCGCCGUCUUCUGCGGGAAGCUCAUCACGACCUGGUACUCGGCAUGGGAGGCCAACGAGUUUGCAAUGGCGCUCCAGACCGCGCUGCUCGUGGUAGCAUGGGUGACGGUGGUGCUGGCGAGCGUCAUCAUCUUUGCCAUCCUUAGCCGCACGUAUGAGCCCGUGCUCUCCAACUUUGGUGCGGUGACUACGAGCCGCAGCAGUGGCAGCCGACGCGCCAGCUUGGUUCGCGCAAAUAAUGCUGGCUCGGGCGGCGCUCGCAAACCCGGGCGACGUCUGAGCGAGGCCAAGUCGUGGGCGCUGUCGACGCUCUCGCAGCUGUCCAGUGGCGAAGAUCGACGCAGCCAGGACAUUGGCUUGGACCGCGUUCGUCAUGGCCGCGGAAACAGCCGCGGCGGCUCCUUCUCGGGGCCAGGGCGAUCGUCUCUUCAUGGCUAUUCCGAGCUCGACGGGGAGCACGUGUCUCCAUACGUCGAGCAGGAUCCGCCCAGCCCCAAGAGUCAGCCUUUGACACUGCGCAAGCCGACGUCCAGCUCGACGCCGGACUUGCAAGCGGCGAAGCCUUCAGCGAGGCAGCCGCACGAGCCUCGCCGGCAGCGAUCGUUCCGAAGCGCGAGCUCGUCCAGCAAGAGCAACAAGGCGAGCGGAGUGAUGGUGGAGCAAACAGUCAGCACCAUCGUCGAGGACCCGGCAGUAGAGGACUACUACCGGAUCGAACGACCUUCUCGUGCAGCACGCACUUCGCCGAGCAAGUCGGAUCUGUCGGAGCAGGAGAUUUACACACCGCACACGCUCGAUGGCGAUCUGUCCACGCCGGGACGUUUCAACAGCCACUGGGCCGACAGUCCAGCCACUCCGGCGACGAUCUGGACUCCUUCGACGCCGUCUUCCACCCGGCCGUUGAUGGGCGCCGACGGCAAGUCACCGCAGCUGCCGGACACCGUCGAUGCCGAGGGGCAGGAAUGGGUCCUGCACCGCUCACCUUCAGAUGCCGCUCCGCGUCCGCCGCGCGCGCGCCGACCCACUGCGGGUGACGACUCGGUCGGUCUCGGCAUCGCCAUGGCCACCACGCCAUGGACCGCACCGUCGGUCUGGGACAGCGGCGAGCCUGAUGCUGCCCUUGUACAAGAGGAUGCUGAGAUGCGCCUGCGCAUGGCUUCACGGCCUGCUACUGGAUCUUCUGCCAAGCGCUCUUGA